AUGCGAGAGGCUCCGGGGCAGAAGAUGAGGGGGGAUCCCAAGUUCCCCGAGACCCGCUCCCUGCCCGGGGCACCCUCCGACCGCUCCCUUCGUAUUCUGGUCACCUCCAUGCUCCCCAGCCUGCCUUACCUCCAGAGCAGCGGCUCUUCCCAGCAAGGCAGCCCAGUCUCCAGCCACUCCAUCUGGACUCAACCUGGAGCCGAAAGCGCCGCUUACAACCCCGGAUCUUCUCACCCCCCUGUGUCACCUCGGUUCUCCUUCUCCACCAGCACCCCCAUCCCUGCUACCUCUUCCCGGGAAGCUGCAGCGGCUUAUAGCAGCUCCUUGAACCUUUCUGCUAACGGGAGGGAGCAGUACAGCCGGGGGUUCGGCAGCUCCUACUCCAGCCCUUACCCGGCUUACAUGAGUCCUGAAAUGGCCACCACUUGGACUUCUUCACCCUUCGACAGCCCCAUGCUGCACAACCUGCAGAGCCGAGGGACGCCCGCGACCGCCCGGCACGCCAACAUAGCAGAAUUUUUUGAUGAUUAUUCAGAAGGGCGAGAAUGUGUCAACUGUGGGGCCAUGUCCACCCCACUCUGGAGGAGAGAUGGCACGGGGCACUACCUCUGCAACGCCUGUGGGCUCUACCACAAGAUGAAUGGCAUCAACAGGCCCUUGUUCAAACCUCAGAGGAGGCUGUCGGCUUCCCGCCGCGUCGGCCUGUCCUGUGCCAACUGCCACACGACCACCACCACGCUCUGGCGCCGCAAUGCCGAGGGGGAGCCCGUCUGCAACGCCUGUGGGCUCUACAUGAAGCUGCACGGGGUUCCAAGGCCUUUAGCAAUGAGAAAAGAGGGCAUCCAGACGAGGAAGCGCAAGCCAAAGAACCUUAACAAAACAAAGACACCAGCAGGUCCAUCCAGCAGUGAGAGCCUUACUCCGACCACCAGCUCCACCAGCAGCAGCAGCAGCACCACAACCACUGAGGAAAUGCGCCCCAUAAAAACAGAACCUGGGCUCUCAUCUCAUUACGGGCACCCCAGUCCAAUUUCUCAGGCAUUCUCAGUCUCUGCCAUGUCUGGACAUGGGUCAUCUAUCCACCCUGCGAUUUCAGCUCUGAAGCUUUCCCCACAGGCUUACCAGUCAGCUAUCAGCCAGUCUCCACAAACCAGCUCCAAACAGGACUCCUGGAACAGCCUGGUGUUAGCUGAGAACCAUGGGGACAUCAUAACUGCGUAACCUGGUCUUCCACCCAGGAACUUCAGGCUGAUCUGCUUGAGAGAUGAAGAAGAUGCUGUGUAAUCAUCAAGUCCAUGUUGUUUCCCACCUCUUUUCUGCUCCUGCCUUCUCUCCCCUUGUGAGAUGUUCCAGCAAAGGGAUAAAGAGGACUUACCCGAGGUACAGGAGAGCUCUUACACAACAAACAGAGAAGACUCAAAUAUCAAAGUAACUAAUAGAUUUGAAGCCUUUUUUCCCCACUUCAAAUGAGCCUCUCUAUUUGAUUGUCACCACCUUCUAUAAAAUAGUCA